AUGGAGACCAUCAAGGACCAGACAGCCAAAAUUGACAGCCUGACCGCCCAGGUAACAAUAUUACUAAAUUCAAAAGAAUCCCCUAAAGAACGGACAAAGACCCUGAAAAGACCACUGAGAAACGUUACUGAUGAUCAUCUCACAUCCACAGACGAAGACGUACAGACCGAAGGAUUUGUAAAAGCAAAAUCAAGUAGGAGGAAAGGCGACAAGGCUGAUCGAUCAACCCAAAACUUUCCUCCUCUUCCGAAUACAGGAUCAAUACCAUUUCACACCUCCCCCAAUUCAUCAAAUCGAAACACCAUUAAUGCCUCUACUACGAAGUCAGGGACCCCGUUAUCUACCUGUCAGGUGACUCCGUCAGCCGAUGUUACUUCUCCUCCGUCAUCUCGUCCAACCGUCGUGGCAUCAACACAACCCUCACGACAAGGGCGCAUAACCCCGAUCGUCUUACGCGACGGGACGAGAUGGCGUACUUUAAAUUUCAAGUUUAUUUCCCUAGGUAUUAAAAUAGAUCGCGCGGUUGCCGUCGAUGCAGGAAUAAGGAUUAUUCCUAAAUCCGAGGACGACUACCGUAAGAUCGUUCGCCUAUUCCGAGAGGAAGAAGUGCCCCAUCACACUUUUCCUCUCCCUUCAGAACGGAACAUCCAUGCGGUGGUUCGAGGAGUUCCCGUCAACUUUUCGGAUACUGAGCUUAAGGGAGAACUGGAGCAGAGGGGAUAUAGCCCUCUUCACAUCAUUCGAUUGAAGUGCAGCGGCGGCGCGCCCAUGCCUUGGGUGGUCGUGAUACUGCCCAAGACUGAAAAGUCUCAGCAAGUGUUCAACGAACACGAACUGCUGGGACUGGCCAUUCGAGUUGAGGUUCAGAAGAACUCCAGACUCAAUGGGCAGUGA